UCAAAAACAAAAGAUGAAAAGAGAGGAUAAAAAACUAGAAAUCAGAUUAAAGUCUUCGCGGAAAUUCCCAAAUUCUUGUAAAAGAAGAAACCGCCAUGAGCAGGAGGAGCUCAAGAAUCAAAUUCUGUCGUUCUCUCCGUCUCCAGUUCCAUUCUGUGAUGUAAGUUUACACGGUCAUUAUCUCACAGAUGUACAGUCCAGAUUGUAUAUAAUUCCCAAUGAUUAUGACCCGUGUACACUUCUUGAUCGUCUCACUCUCUGUUCGAAUCGUCCCCGAUUGUUAGUUCACUGAUUCCGAUUUUUUGUUGAAUUUUCAUUUCAAUCCAGAAAUUCUUUUCGAGAUUUUUGUAGAAUAUGAUCGAAUAGCCGAUUCAUUACGGUCUGCCGGUUUUCCUUUGAUCGAGGCAACGGGAAAAAUGGCGCCGCCGUGUCCGUGGAUUCCCAGGGGAGGAGUACAGGUACAGAAUCUUUCUCUAACCCUAAUUCCAUCCCUCCCGGACGAUUUAGCGUCUCUGAUUUUGACAUUUAUCCCUUAUUCUCAUCACCCGCGGCUCAAAUCCGUUUCGAAAUCAUGGAGAUGGUUCUUCUCCUCCAAAACCCUAAUUCCCCUCCGCCGAGUGCUUCUUCCGCCGUCCGCCCAAUCCCAUCUCAUCUGCAUAUUCCCGCAAGACCCCUCAAUUUCAUCUCCCUACCUUUUCGACCCCAAAAAUCGCGCCUGGUGUCCACUCCCGCCCACCCCUUGCAACCCCUACGCUUACGGCUUGUGUAAUUUCACUUCCAUUUCCAUUGGUUCCGACUUAUACGUCAUCGGUGGAUCUCUCUUCGACACUCGCUCAUUUCCACAGGAUCGUCCCUGCGCGUCAUCAUCGACCUUUCGCUUUAAUUUCCUCGAUUUUUGUUGGGAGUCUCUGUCCCCUAUGCUAACCCCCAGGGGGAGCUUUGCCUGUGCUUUCAUUCCUGAUGCGGAUAAAAUUGUGGUUGCCGGUGGAGGGUCCAGGCACUGGAUGUAUGAGGCAGCUGGGAGUAGGAUGAGUUCAGUGGAGAUGUACGAUAUUGUUAAGGAUGAGUGGAUUCCCUUGGAUGGUUUGCCGAGGUUUCGGGCAGGAUGUGUUGGUUUCUUGGUUGGACAUGGGGACAAUAGGGAGUUUUGGGUGAUGGGAGGGUAUGGCCAGUCAAGAACUCUCUCAGGAGUAUUCCCCGUGGAUGAGUAUUAUAAGGAUGCUGUGGUGAUGGAGUUGAAGAAUGGUGGUUGCAAGUGGCGGGAGCUUGGGGAUAUGUGGGAUGAAGGGGAGAGGAGAAAGCUUGGGAAGACUGUUGUCCUCGACGGUGAUGGUUGGGAUCAUCCUGCCAUUUUCAUGCUUGACGGUCAUGAUAUUUUCAGGUAUCAAAUGGCUUAUAAUCGAUGGUCGAAGGUAACAAGUGUUCCAAGAAAAUUCUCCGAUGACACAUCAGUUGGUUUUGUUGCACUGGAUGGUGAGCUGCAUGUGUUGUCUCUUCUUAAUGGAGUACGAGUAGCAAACUGCUCAAGGUCAAGGCAGCAGAAGAAAUCGGCAACCAUUUUAGUACAGAUUUAUCAUCCUAGGAAGAAGAGGUGGAGAUCUAUCAUUACAAAGCCACCAUUCGGUCACCCUAUAAAUUUCAGAACUGCAGUUCUGAGCACCAUUCAACUGUAGAGUGUGGAACAGUUCGUGAGUUCUGAGCACGAUUCAACUGUAGAGUAUGGAACAAUUCGUGCAUUGCUGUAUUCUCGUAUGAAUUUCUGGUAUAGUAAGUCUUGUAUCUUCUGCUUCAGAUUCUGCUAUGUUAAUAGUGCUGACGUUGUUCUUGUAAAUACAGUAAAUGCAUAUCUGCAUAUACAUGAGUCCCUAUAGCCAUUAAUGAGUACUGCUGUCGCCACCAGUUUGGGAUCUUUAUUUGUCUGCCUGUUUACGUCCACUUGUCAAAUCUGGACCAUGUUUUGUCUAUCUGUUUAAGUUUGGAUAAUGCUUAGUUCUGUAAGUUACCAAAAGCCUGUGUGUCUGCUUAGAAAUGUUAGGGUCAUGUGGUCAUCCGCCUUGAAGGAAAGAUAGGAUUUAUAUGAUCUGAAAUGAAUGGAAGUUCAAGGUUUUGCUGCCGGUCAAAAACAAAAUUUGAAGGAACCAUUUAACUCAGAUCACAUCAACUCUGAACCAGAAGAUCUGUUACUAAUCCAUAUCACAGUUAGGCAAUAUAGGCUCUGUUGUCUACGCCUUCCCCGAAUGUUUUACAUUUCUGAUAUUGACUUUUAGUCUUCUACAUUUAGGCUGCAUUGAAAGCUAAGCCAAACAUACAGGCUAAACAGAUUCAGAAAGGUUGAUAUGUUAGAAGAAUAUCAAGACGGGCCGUCCUCCCCCCAAAAGACUUAACUUUGAACUUUCAGUUUGCUUACAUAUUUUGAUUCAACAGAAAACCAAAGCCCCCACAGAGAACAAUACAACUAGGUUGAAUCCAGAGAACCUACCUACGACUAGUAGCGUGCCCAACCCACCAUCCAGUAGUCAUCUGAACAGAG